GUGAUCCGCACCGUCGCCGCCGUAGCGAGUGCUAUAGACCGCGGUACGCGCGCGCGGGGGUGGGGGGAGGCGCCCCGGUCAAACAAGCGAGGCAGGCUCCAGGAGGUUCUCCUCCUACCCGUUCGCUCCCUCCCCUCGAUCCCUUUCGCCGCGCGCGCGAGAGGGGGGGAGAGAGAGGAGAUCGAGGAGACAAAAAGAAGAGGGUGUUGUGCAUGUGAUCGGGCGGGUCGUCGUCGCCUCGGCCGGCCAAACUAACGACGACCACCGGCCGGCACUCGAUUCUCGGCGGUAGGCAAUGGGCAAGAUCGAGUACGCCGUGGUGGCGCGCGGUGCGGUGGUGCUGGCGGAGCACUACGGCGCGUCGGCGGCGGGCGGCAACGCGGGCGCCGUGGCGAGGCAGGUCCUCGAGCGCCUCCCCGCCGGCGGCGCCGGUGGCGACGACUGCAACGUCUCGUACACGCAGGACCUCCACGUGUUCCACGUCAAGCGCACCGACGGCCUCACCGCGCUCUGCAUGGCCGACGACGCCGCCGGGCGGCGUGUUCCGUUCGCGUUCCUGGAGGACAUCCACGGGAGGUUCGUCAAGGCGUACGGCCGCGCGGCGCUCACCGCGCUCGCGUACGCCAUGAACGACGAGUUCUCCAGGGUUCUGGCCCAGCAGAUGGACUACUACUCCAACGACGCCAGCGCGGACAGGAUAAACCGCAUGAGGGGUGAGAUCGACCAGGUCCGGAACGUGAUGAUAGACAACAUCGACAGGGUGCUGGAGAGGGGUGAGCGUCUGGAGCUGCUGGUGGACAAGACGGCAACCAUGCAGGGGAACACCAUGCGCUUCAAGCGCCAAGCUCGCCGCUUCAGGAACACCAUGUGGUGGAGGAACGUCAAGCUCACCGCCGCGGUGAUAUUCAUCCUCACCGUAAUAUUGUACCUCGUGCUCGCCUACAUGUGUCACGGCUUCACCCUACCAUCCUGUGUUCCGUGAUCUCCCCUGUGCGGUGUUGGUGCGGCCCUAGCUCUAGCUGCGUCACAACUUCGUUCUGUAAGAGCAGCUGCGGUGCUGCAAUUUUUUUCUUGUACGGAGUACCGAGGGAAACAACAUUUCCAUCGACCGAUUCUGAAGUUCGAGCAGUUCUGAUUUUUUUUUUCUUGGACAAAUUUGCUUACCAAGUGAAUCUGAUUGUUGGGAUUUCA